CUCAAAGAGGCAGGAAAUUAUCCUUUAUUAUAUCUAAAUGUCGAUGUAUCAUUCGAUAGCAGAAAAGUAUCGUUUUUCUGAAACCAAUGCGAAAUGCGAACCGUUUCCAUGGCAAUGAUUAACUGUGGGAGAUGAUGGCUGUAAUAAUCAAUAUAUUUAUAGGUGUGACCUUAUUAGGUAUCAGAUGUGGCGCUUACUCUCAGGUGUAGCGAGCUGAUUCAGAAUGAGAAUACUCGAAAAAUGGUCCAGUUUUGGUAUACGAAACAUGUUUCAGAAAAUUACAGUUGAUAUUGUUUUGGAAGUGUUGUUGAUGUUGGAUCUUGUCCAGAAUGCUGAAGGUAUUGGGUGUCCAAAAGGAGGACCCGAUAGUAAGUAUAUACAAUCUAUGGAGAUCUGCAGGACGAGAAGUAUUACCGCCUCCAGUAUAAUGUUGGACUUCUACCCAGCCAAGACCAUCCCCGUGGACAAGUGUGACUGUACGAUACUAAUAUACCAGGGUAACAAGUUGUCAUUCAACCCCGUCUCCGCCCCGGACUACCUGGCGUGUGGUUCUGAGAUACAUAUACAGCGCUACCUACCCCGGGGAGAGACUCGGAUCAUAUCCUGUCGGGGCGCGACCAGCUUUCCAGGACUUGACGCUGGUAACACCCUGACCAUCUCACUCAAACGUGUACACGAGCCGUACGACACCUCAUACUGUUACCGCCUGGAUAUAGCAGGGAAAGCCGCAUCCAUGUCUUUAAUCUGUGAAGAUGCCAAAACUACCAGUACCGCUGGCAUAACCACCAAUCCAGUUACCAUCACUACGGACGCCAAUGUCAGUGCUGGGAACCAUUCGUCUCAGGUAGAGAUUCUCGCCACGAUGUCAUUGCCGUCAUUAACAGGCCCUGGAACUGUUGUCAUGACAACCGUACUGUCAAUUACGAUAAUCUAUUCCACAAUCAUCACACUGUUGUAUAUUAUGUUACGGAGAAAAAGACAACAACAAGACAAACCCUACAACGAAAUUUACGAGGAGAUUCCAUCAAGGACACCUAUUCAAAAUAGGGACAGUCGUUCGAUGCGCAUAUCCAGUGUUUCCGACGAGAGAGCUUUACCCGCCAUUCCUCCAUUGACUGUCCACCGUCAGUUUAGCGAGUACAACGCCACGUGCACCACACCGCCACCUAGCGCCAAUAGUGUCAGCAAACAGACGCAUUGGAACUGGACGUACCAGGACAAGAUGUCUAAUAAGGAACAGGAUUACAUCAACCAACCAUUUUAGAUAUUACAUAAUUGAUUUGAUUAACCGGUCCUAUCUAAUUAUCUCUUACAACAAAAUAGGUACAAACGUAUCAGGCCUAGGCUUCAUUACAGUAAUCUCCACUAAAAUUAGAGAGAAAAAUCUAGUAGAUAGGAAGGGACUUCGAUUAAAUUAUGUUAUAAAUUCCCAUAAAAAUUUAAAGUUAGGUGACAUUGAUAAGACAGGGACCUGGUUUAUAGACAAUUUAAAGUUAAGUGAUAUUUAUGAGACUGGUGACUGGUGUAUAGACAAUUUAAAAUUCUCGGAUAUUGAUGAGACUGGGACCUGGUUUAUAGAAUAUUUAACAUCUAGUGAUAUUGAUGAGACUGGGGACUGGUGUAUAGACAAUUUAAAGUUUAGGGAUAUUGAUGAGACUUGGGUCUCGUGUAUAGACAAUUUAAAGGAAUUGAUGAGACUGGGGACUGGUGUAUAGAAUAUUUAAAGUCUAGGGAUAUUGAUGAGACUAGUGACUGGUGUAACCAGAGGCCUAGAUAAAACACAUUUUAUUUAAACAAAUGAGAAUGAUAUUAUAAUCAUAGGGUUGACCUAGAUAAAUCUAACUUCGGAGUGUCAAAACAUCUUGAUCAUCAAUUUUUUUUUAUAUAUUCAGAAAAGGAAUGUUCCUGUUUGAGCUACAAUCGUUCGGGGGAAAAGAUGAAAAAAAGCUAAUUCGUAGAAUUUAUCCCCCCCCCCCCCUUUCGUGAGGGGGUAAUCAUUAGCUAAUCAAGGGGCCAUAACUCAGCCAAAUAACGUCCGCGAAAAGUGGCGAUCGAACUUUGACGAGCCAUUUAAUGUUGUUACCAAGUUUCAAGAAAAUCCGAUAAUAUUUUUUGCUGUUAUUUCACGGAAACGUCAAAAAAUGACAUUUUUUGUUAAUCAAGGGGCCAUCACCCUGGCAAAUAACGUCCGCGAAAAUAUGCGAUCGAAGCGAUCGAACUUUGCCGAGCCAUUAAAAUGUAUCCCAUACUAAGUAUAGAUUAAUAGCAAAUUAUGUAUGGAAAGAAAUGUAUUUUUUUUUUACGUUUUUUGUAAGAUUACACAUCCCAUUAAUGGAACCAGUACACUACAUUA